UUAUGUCAAUGGAGGCGGUGGGGAGAGGGUAUAAAAAGCCGGCGUCCUGCAGCUCUCACUGGUGCUGCGGCUACCGGAGAUCCCGCUCAUUUCAGUUGACUUGAAACCCCCCCGAGCGAGAAGUCCUGCAACUGAGGGAAGACUUAAAAGCAGAGAGCUGCGGGAACGAGUUGGAUGAUCAGGGCAGAUUAGAUCAGUGACAUUUAGAGCUUUUUGGGCACACAUUGUUGUAUUUUUUUUUUAAAAGCCGGCGUUUUAUUCUGCUUUGAUCUGUAAGGUUGGGGGGGGGGGGUGGAGAUGUUCUGCACCGUGGUGUCCAGCGCACUUUCACUGCUGCUUUGCUGCCUCUGCUUGAGGCGGGGGGUUGCCGAUCCCUACGUGGCUGAGGUGACUCCGGUGAGGUUGGCUGGAGGAAACCUCCCCGUUUACCGGUUCCGGGCGUUCGGCAGGGAGUUCAACCUGAGCCUGGUGCCCGACUCCAGCUUCCUGGCUCCGGCGUUCAGCGUCCAGCGCCUCGGCAGGAGAGGGGGCUCAACCCCCGCCCGCGGGGGCGCCGAGCUGAAGAGCUGCUUCUACUCGGGGCAGGUGAACUCCGGGCCCGGCUCCACCGUGGCCGUCAGCCUGUGCGGGGGCAUCCAGGGAGCUUUCUACACGGACGGGGAGGAGUACCUGAUCCAGCCGGUGAGACCCGGGACCGUCCCGAGCGGCGACCACCUGCUCCGCAGGAGGAGGAGGAGGAGGAAGGAGGAGGAGGAGAGGGGAGAGGCGCAGAGAUGCGCCGUUUCUGCGCCCGGCCGGCCCCUGGGGGCAGGUCACCCCGGCCAGGGGAAGGGAAGCGACCCCCGCCCGGGGCAGCGAGCCGGCGCCAGGUCCAGGUCCAAGAGGUUCGUGUCUGAGGCUCGCUACAUCGAGACCAUGCUGGUCGCCGAUGAGUCCAUGCUCAGGUUCCACGGCGACGGUCUGCAGCACUACCUGCUCACCCUGAUGGCCGUGGUUUCCCGCCUCUACAAGGAGCCCAGCAUCAGGAACCUGGUCAACGUGGUGGUGGUGAAGGUGCUGCUGAUCGAGGACGAGGGCGAGGGGCCGAGUGUCUCCAGCAAUGCCGGCCUCACCCUGCGCAACUUCUGCAGCUGGCAGCUGGAUUACAACCAUCCCAGCGACCGGCAUCCCGAGCACUUUGACACAGCCAUCCUCUUCACCCGCCAGGACAUCUGUGGCCAUCUGAGCUGUGAUACCCUUGGAGUGGCAGACACUGGGACCAUGUGUGACACAAGUAGGAGCUGUGCUGUGAUCGAGGAUGAUGGACUUCAGGCAGCCUACACCGUAGCACAUGAACUGGGUCACGAAUUGAGUAUGCCACAUGAUGAUUCAAAAACAUGUGAUAAGAUGUUUGGUCAGAUGGGGAAAACCCAUAUGAUGGCUCCAUUGUUCAUCCGUCUCAACAGAACUCUACCUUGGUCUCCUUGUAGUGCAUUUUAUAUCACAGAGUUCUUUAACAAUGGCCACGGUGACUGUCUGCUCGAUGCUCCUGUUCAAUCAGUUCCAUUGCCUACCGAGCUGCCAGGGCAAGCAUACAACUUGGACGCACAGUGCCAGCAGAUUUUCGGAGAGGAGUACAGACACUGUCCAAACACAUCAGAGUCCGAUUUGUGUUCUCAGCUGUGGUGUAGGAUUGAGGAUCAACCCAUGUGUCACACGAAGAACGGAAGCCUCCUGUGGGGAGAUGGGACUCCAUGUGGGCAGAACAAAAUCUGUAUAGAUGGUGUGUGCAUAGGCAACGACGAGGUAACUAGCUUAAAGGUUGUAGUCCAGGGAAGCUGGGGGUCUUGGAGUCCCUGGGGCGAAUGUUCCAGGACUUGUGGUGGAGGUGUGCAGUUUUCAUUCAGAGAAUGCAAUGAUCCAGUGCCUCAAAAUGGUGGAAAAUAUUGUGAAGGACAGCGAACACGGUACCGUUCCUGCAAUACGCAAAAUUGUCCGAAUAAUAAUGGAAAAAGCUUCAGAGAGGAGCAGUGUGAAAAGUACAACAGCUGGAAUUACAAAGACUUGGUUGGCAACACGGUUAACUGGAUACCCAAAUAUUCUGGCGUGUCCCCAAGAGAUCGGUGUAAGCUGUUCUGCCGUGCCAGAGGGAGAAGUGAGUUUAAAGUAUUUGAAUCCAAAGUGAUUGAUGGAACAUCAUGUGGUCCUGAUACAACAUCAAUUUGUGUGCAAGGUCAAUGUGUAAAAGCUGGCUGUGACCAUGUCAUUGGAUCCAGCAAGAAAUUUGACAAGUGUGCAGUCUGUGGUGGGAAUAGCUCAACAUGCAGGAAAAUAAGUGGCUCCCUGAACAAGUCCAAGUAUGGAUAUAAUGACAUUGUGACCAUCCCUGCUGGAGCGACCAAUAUAGAUAUCAAACAACGGAGCCACAAAGGGAUUAAACAUGAUGGUAAUUACCUGGCUGUGAAGUUGCUGGAUGAUAAGUAUAUUCUGAAUGGAGACUAUUCAGUGAUAACAGUAGAACAAGAUAUUCCAAUUGGAGGGGCUAUUCUCAAGUACAGUGGCUCCUCUACUACUCUGGAAAGAAUUCAAAGUUUCAAACAGCUGCAAGAACCACUGACAAUUCAGUUGCUGUCUAUGAGUAUAGAUACAUUGCCUCCCAGGGUGAAGUACAGUUUUUUCAUCCCCAAAGAUGUAUUAUUUAGCAAGCAGAAAGCCAAAGCAAACAAGAAGUCCCCUAAUGCCAUCAAACAAUCCAUCGCCUCUCAGUAUACUCUUGGGGAAUGGUCAGAAUGUUCUCGUAGCUGUGGAUCUGGUUGGCAAAGGAGAAAUGUAGAGUGCAAGGACAAUGAUGGCAAAGUGUCCUUGGAAUGUAACUGGGCAUUGAAACCAGAGGACAUCAGACCCUGUGCCGAUACACCAUGCCCACUUUGGCAGCUGGGCGCUUGGUCCUCCUGCUCAAGAACUUGUGGCAAGGGGGAAAGGAAACGGACUGCUUUAUGUGUUGAAUACUCUGGCAAAACUGCAGAAGAGGAUAAAUGUGAUUCUUCCAAACAACCCAAAUCUGUGACUGAGGAGUGCUUCCUACAGGAGUGCUAAACAUGGCUACUUUAUUUGCAAAAAGAAAUACAAUCUGACAGCCCAUACUAACCAGACUCAACCUUGCUUAGCUUCAGGGUUGUGUAGCCAUAGGAAAAUGGAGAAAAUGCACUAACUGAUCCAAAUAGGUCAACAAAGUAAACCUGUUUGAAGUAGUAAGACAGCAAAGACCACUGUAUAUCUUCUUUUUGUUGUUUUGCCAGAUAGUUAUCUACCUCAGAUGAUAGAGAACGUUGCCUUUCAGAAGUUAGGCUAAUAUACUGUACGAUUUUCUUAUAUGCUGCUGUUUCAGUCUUAACGCUCGACAAGUCAGCCAUUGCGAAGGCGACAAACUUGUAAUCAUAGUAACUGUAAUUUAAUAAUUAAGAGGUUCUGCCUUUGGUGUGUCUAUAAUAGUUUGUUACAUAUCAGUUCCAUACAACAGUGUGUAUAUUUUAUGGAAGAUUUUAAAACUAAUUCAGAUGUAGCAUUCCAACACUAUAUAUAGAGUACCUGAGGUAUUAUAUACCUUCAAUGAAGGAGUGUAGUUAUUUUUAAGCUUCCUUUUAAAGCUAUUUAUUUUUGUACAGUUUAUAUCUUAAUGGUUCGAAUUGGUUUUUUUAGUUGCUGCUGUGUUACAAACAAGAGACUUUUUCUCCCCUUUAUCUACAGAGAUGCUUUACUUUGUACACCUGGUUAUUAACUCUUUUGUGGCAAAUAAGGAGACUCUGGUCAAACUGAGGUACAUUAAAAUAAAUCAACUUAAUUUUAUAAAAACUUUAUAAAAUCUUGAUUUUUAUGAAUGAACUUUGCCACUUUAGUGAGUAUUGCAGAAUUUGCUCUGUCAACAGCCCUGUUUAAUCUCGCACAAUAAAUCAUGAAUUAUAACUUU